UAUAUACACAGGGGCGUGUAUUAAGUUGGCUUUGGUAUCCCAACAAAGUCAAUUAGCUUUAAUAAAAUGAAGUCUAAGCAUUUUAAUAUAUUUAUAUUAUUUAAAAUAUGUAUUUCUCUAACAUAUGCAGUCGAUCCACCACCAAAUAUAGAAGGCAGUUAUCAUGCCAUCACAGAAGUAUCUUGGGUGACUAAAGAAGAAGAUUAUGUUAUUAUGAUGAGUGAAGAAAAUUUCGAUUUGAAAACUAAAAGAUCCUCUUUUACACUUUAUGAUGAUUCUAUGAAUGUUACGAUUUACGAAGAUAUGAUGUUAAAUCAAUCGUUAAUAUAUGAUGCUGAGGGUUGUAGGGCUUAUAAACCGAAAGAAUGGCUUAAAGUUCAUGGCCCACCGGAUUUAGAAAUGUACGAAAUUGGUGAAAAUAAAAUAUUUUUCCCUCUCAUGCAAUUAUUUUGGGGUCUACGCCCGAACAACCUGAAACCUGGCACAGAUAGGACACUCGUAACUUAUAGGGAUGUGUCAGCUCAGAAAUGGACUUAUCUACUCAAUUAUCAGAGUUCGGAUAAAAAAUUCAAACAUACCAUAGAGAUCGAUGCGUUCUGGUCAGACGGAGAGGCAUUUGGUCCUUCAAAAGAACCGCUGAGGCCUUUAGGAUAUGCAUUUCGUCGAACGUCUGUAAACCUGACCUCACGACUAGAAGAGAAAUAUAACUAUAGCAUUAACAUUUUCUACUUUCUGCAAAAUGUUUUCAAUAAAAAUGCAUUACAGGUAAAACAAGGUAUUCAUUGCACUAACAGAAUUACAGGCAGGCCAUUUCCUAAUUUCAUGAAUUUUGAGGCAUUUUCUGUCAAUAUUGAAUACCUGUCGCCAAAAUCUCGUAUGUUUGGUACUGUAGAUAUGUGGGUGGAUGGAAAAAAUAAACUCGUUCAAAUUCGACUAGAUCCCCUUAAUCAAGAAGUGCAACCGCACCAGAAAAAACAAACAAAAAUUCGUAUCGCAAGCAACGAACAACAAAUUAUAUACGAUAUCGACCCUGAAAACUAUAAGAAGUGUAAAAUAAUGCCAAUUAGAGAGAUGCCAUUCGACGAACAAACAUUAUAUGAUUUCGAUUUGCUUUCGAAAUUAGAUUUACAGCAUUUUUUUGGAAAAGUCCCUUACAUUUAUAUGGGAGAAAGUGUGAAAAGAGGUAUACCGUGCCGAUUAUGGCAAGGAGUGAGGAGACAAUGGCCAUCAGAGCCACAGUACUCUUCUGUUACAACAUUGUGGGAGUGGUGCAUAGCAGAGAGAACGGUUAAUCCAGUUAUGUUUCAAGCUAAUACAUUACCUGUCGUCUCUUUAGACAUUACAGUUAUUGAGAGUCCUCUUACUUCUGCUGAAAGUUUCUUUACUUUAGGACAAAAAUUAACUUAUAGUUUUUACAACUUUAAUUAUCGUACAUCUAAUUAUAUCAACACAGUAGCUUUCGAUAUAAGUCAAUGCUUUCCUCCAGAAUUAAUUGAGCCAUGGAGAUUUAAAGUCAAAUUAAACACCAAAAGCAAAACAAUUUUAAGCAAUUUGACAAUUGAUGCUGAUUUUAUCGGCGCUUGGAAAGAAGCCAUUUAUUCUGCAAGUAGCCUUGAACCUUCAUCCCUGAGAAUAACCAGAGUUCGAACUGUAAUCGUCGAAUCGGAAUUAUUUAUCGAAUUUUACAUCCUGAAUCUUCAUCCUGGACUACCAACUACUGUUAAUGAUAACAUUAAAUCAUCAGUCGCCAUAAAAACAUUAGAAAAUUUUAUCAAUACCGGUUCUUUAGCUGUGAUUUGGCAGAAAAAUGUAACUCAGCCACUGACAUUAACAGCUGUCAAAUAUAGUCUCACUAGACAAUAUGAAAAACUGAAACCUCCUCCCCCUACUUCAGUAACUUCAAUAAAUACAGAACCGACAAAACAGGAAACAGAAACAACAGAAUAUACACUUACAGGUGACGUAAUCAUUAUUGGUUCAACCAAAGGAAGACAUUCUACUACUCUAACUCCAACUUCAAGAACAAUUAAGCCUACCCCUACGAAAAAAAUAGUCACUGAACGUCCCAAAAUUAAAGAUAGGCUUACCGGACAUUCAAAAGGUACAAUGGCAGCUUUAAGCGUGGGAAUGCUUCUGUUUGGAAUGUCAUUAGGAGCAGGGGGAACAUUUGUUAAAUUCAGAUAUUUUAAAAGAUAAAUAUUCAAUAUUAAACAUUGUUUAUUUUUUAUAUCUUUAUAUUGUGUAACAAUA